AUGAGUGAGGAUCGACCACUUCGCGUAAGAAGCGCCUCUCCGAGAGUGCGCCUACUUGGGAAUCAUUCGCGUCGUGCGAAGAGCCCAAGUGUGGAUCCUACUGUAGAGGCAUACAGGCGUGAUGUCGAACGUACUAUAAGACGAGAUCCAACCUCAUUACCCGUUCCCAGUGUAACCCCUAGAGGAAGAAGCCCGGAACGCGCGACCACCACCGAGACACAGCGACACUCAACGGACAACGACGUCUAUCAGGAACAAUACAACAUAUUGUGCGAGAGGUUGAGGGCUCCGGAACCAACUCUCCUGGAUACCACCUGCCUUCUAAGACAAGCAGAACAUCGUCUCAAGACUGCCGAUUACAUGAUACAAUAUGGCGCUGAAGGAUAUACCCAGAGUGAAGACGAAGCCUUUGCUCGCGAAUAUCCUGCCCACCUUUUCCGUAAUUUGAUGGAUGCAAUGAAGCUUCGUGAAUACCUUGAACUGGAAGCCUUUAAUGAAAGACUCCAUUUGGCUGUGCUUCAAUAUGACCACCUUAAGCAUGUUCAACAGUCUCGUGACAGAGCUAAUUCUCUCGAAAUUCAUUGCAAACUUCUUCAAAACAGCCUUACUGAUGCAAAGUCUGUGGAGACGUUGCGUUAUGAGAUAGCGCUAUUAAGAGCUACAGCUGAUCAUGCCGAGUCUGACUUUAAUCUGGGAGACCAACAUCAAGAAAAACUGCUUGCAAUUCGUCAGAAAACACUGAAUGAUUAUUUCCGGUAUGAAAUUAGUACAGAAGCCUUACUUCGAGGUAUGUGUUUUGAAUUUGAUGAGAGAGCCAGAUAUCGAAGGGCUCGGGACGAUAGUCGUCGUCAAUGGGACGCACAGCUCCAGGCUCUAUAUAAGAACCACAUGGAAUGCUAUCGCCAGCUUUCACUUGGUGAUGCAAGAGUAGCAAAUGCCGCAUCUGGCAAUACUAGUCGUGAGAACAGAGUUGGUGAACGAGGAGAAAUGCCGCAUGUAUCUCUUGAAGGGCCCGGAAACCCCAAGCCUGUACGUGGUAGACAAGCUGUACCCUCCGGAGGCGCCGCAUAUCGUCCUCAAAGUCAUCAGCAGUCUCAUGAAGCACAAACUACAGCGAUGCCAUCUCACCCACACCAGACGAAUCGAGGGCGGCGACAGCAACGAAAGAUGCAACAGGCUACACGUAAAGCUGCUCAAGCAGCGAAUCGCAUUGAUAAUGCUAUGAGAAACGAGAAGAAUGGCUCACAAGUCAGUAUGCAAGGCGAGCACACACAUCGUGGCCAUAAGCAGACAAGAGCAAUCAACAACACCAACGGUCGGCUUGGGAAACCUGACGAAUCUACAAGACAUCGAGAAGCUCAACUCCGAACUCCACUUUCUGCUCCUCCUACACAAGUUUCUCCGCCUCGUAAAAUGGGAUUUGAGCGAAACCACAAGACAAACGAACAUGGUACAGAUUCUUCACAACCAAUGUCCCCGUAUGAUAUCUCGAGCGCAACCAUCGAGCAAGCACAACGCGAAGGGGAAGAUAGUCAGCACAAUGGUGGUGCCGGGUCAGAGUUAGGGGCAGAAGGAUCUGCUACAGAAAGCAGUAAUUCUACAACGGACUCAACAGUCGCAAUGGGUAGUAGUGUUGUGUCUAAAACCGCAUUAGAUCUUGCAGGUAGUAAUGAUUCCGCCCAGAGAUCAACAGCCGGAAUGCGUGGCGGCGAGGACAACAAUCCCUCCAAUGAGCGUGCUAGAUCCGCGGGGUCCUCUCACACCUCUUACGGCUCAGAUUCCACACUUGUAUCUCGUUCCUCAAAGUCCUACCCCAAAUUUCCACAACACUCGCCCAACAAAACUUCGGCUUCGGGUUCCACUCCAACCCCGCAGCCCUCCGCACCAGGUAACCUCGGAGCCCCAAGACGUCCCACGCGACCCUCUCUUUCUCCGUUCCAAGGUCCACGCGGCUCCACAAACCCAUCAACAUCCACCGGCCUCGGCUUUUCGGGAUCCGAAUUCGAGCAAGCCAUCCGCUCAAACAUAACCAGGAACAUGAAUCUCAACCGCCGCGCGCCUGCCUUCGCCUCCCCUCCCAUUCAAUCUCAAGUUCCCUGCGAUCCCAGCCUGCUCCACGACCCCACUCCCUACAUCCCCCGACAACCCGCGCCCGUCACUCCUAUCACCGCGAACACGUACCCAGACCCCACCUGGAACACGGCCAAUUCGCGCAUCUGGAUCUAUCAAAACCUCGUCACUCACUGCGGGUUCACGCAGUUGGGCGCUCACCACGUCGUCAUGAGAUGGAUGGGUGGAGGCAUGGCUCUCCGUCACAUGAGCUUGUUCGAUUGGCAGACUCUUACCUGCUCCCAUCACGCUGGACUGCAUAUUUUCAGGCGCCUGAAUUGA